AUGAAAGGCACCGUCGGUCUUGCCUUGAGCACACAUCUACUCCUAGCUCAAGCGGCACCGCUUGCAGCCAACUACUUUGGCAGACCAGCGCAAAAUGCGACAUUCGACUACGUAGUGAUCGGUGGAGGUACUGGUGGCCUGGCUAUAGCCUAUCGCCUGGCUGAAGCAAACCAUUCUGUGGCUGUCAUCGAAGCAGGCGGAUUCUACGAGCAAGAGAAUGGGAACGUUUCUGUUGUGCCGGCAUACAAUCAAGACUACAACGAGGUCACACCGGAGUCACAGUGGAAUGCACCCCUAGUGGAUUGGGGCUUCUUGACCACACCUCAAGCAGGAGCUCAAGGCCAAAGAUUCCACUAUGGAAGAGGAAAGAUGCUAGGAGGCUGUUCUGCUGAAAAUGCCAUGAACUAUAAUCGGCCUACCUUUGGUGCUCUCCAAGCAUGGGCGGACAGCGUGAAUGACUCAAGCUAUACCUGGGACAACUUCAUAUCACAUUAUCAGACCUCGAUCAAGUACACCAAUCCGGACAUGACAUUCCGAGCAGCAAACGCCUCUGCACCCUUGAUAACGAAUGAGACUGGUACAGGUCCCNUCCAAGUCUCUUUCCCACACUGGGCAGCUCCCCUCUCAUCAUGGGCGAAGCAAGGGCUCGCAGAGAUUGGCGUCGGAGAGUUGCACGACCUGAUCAACGGUGAUCUGAUGGGAGCUCAAUACAGUCCUCUUACUCUCAAUCCGAAAGACCAGACUCGAAGCUCUUCGCAGACCUCUUUCUUAGACACGGCACUUCGCAGCAACAUGUCAGACUUGAAGGUUUACACCCACACCUUGGCGAAACAGAUCUUGUUCGAUCAGAAUAAGACCGCUACUGGCGUUCGUGUACAGAGUGGUCCAUCUCCCGAAUCUUUCGUGCUCAGCGCUAGCAAGNAGGUUAUUCUCUCUGCAGGUGCUUUCCAGUCGCCUCAGCUGUUGAUGGUUUCGGGCGUUGGACCCGCUGAUGAGUUGGCCAAGUUCAACAUCUCAGUCGUAGCAGAUCGACAAGGUGUGGGAAGGAACAUGUGGGACCAUGUGGUGCUCAGUGUAGGACACCAAGUCGACGUUGAGACUUACGGCAGUCUCAUGGACCCUGCUGCUGCCGCACAAGCGAAACAGGACUAUCUGAGCCCCAACCACACGGGCAUCCUGACCAACGAUCAAUCUGACCUCCUAGGUUGGGAGAAACUGCCAAACUCAUCAAGAUCAGCCUUUACGGCGUCAAUACUCAAGGACCUCUCCAUGUUCCCUUCAGACUGGCCAGAGGUAGAGUAUGAAAUCUCCUCUGCUCCUUUUGGCACAUCGUCAUUCUCUACUCCAGAGAACGUAAUUGAUGUAGGAUACAUUCAGCCAGUGCUACUCACUCCCCUAUCGCGCGGCAACAUCACGCUGCAAAGUGCAGACAUGUCCGAUGCUCCACUCAUCAACCCGAACUGGCUUACCCACCCCACGGAUCAACAAGUCGCUAUCGCAGCAUUCAAACGCGGAAGACAGUUCUUCAACACCACCGCCAUCGAGCCCAUUCUCAUCGGAGAGGAGCUGUUGCCGGGCCCGCAAGACUUGCCUUUCAACUCGUCGGAUGCAGACAUUCUUAGCUACUUGCAGAAGAACAUAGGAUUCAACUGGCAUGCCAGCUGUACUUGCAAGAUGGGUCAAAGGAACGAUAGUAUGGCUGUUAUUGAUUCGCACGCAAGGGUCAUUGGAGUGGAUGGAUUGAGAGUGGUCGAUGCGAGCGCUUUCCCUUUCUUGCCUCCAGGCCAUCCUCAAGCCACGAUAUAUGCAUUAGCAGAGAAAAUUGCUGCUGAUAUUUUGGCCGGUAGAUAG